AGCUAGACAGUGACACCAUGCGGUUGAACAACAACAUGGGCAAGGUGCUGCUUUUGGCCAACAUGGCAUGUUGGGCGGUGGUCCUGCUCCUGGUCUGGUCCUCACGGGAGGGGGAAAGAGUGGGGCAGGGAGGGCGACGUUGGCCUUUGCAGGGACAGCGACGGGAGACGAUAGUCUUGGGAAUGAGCAUGGGCAUGGGCAUGGGCAUGGGCAUGACCAUAGUGAUGGUGAUCAUGGGGCAAAACAUGAUCAUGGAGAUGAUGAUACCCAUGAGGUCGGUGCCCACGGACAGGGAACCAUUGUCACCGUCGACCAUCAGCAUCAACACCUCAAGGAGUCGCAACAGGUGGGAGCGCUUGGAGCCAAGGGUAUUCUCAAGCCCGGCGAUCGGCCUGAGCUGACCAAGGAGGCGUUUGAGCGGGUGGCGGUGAACAACCAGAUCAUUGUCACCUUUGCCAACUACCAGCAUCGGCUGUUCAUCGUCUCGUACGUCCGCAACAUGGCCAGGCUGCACAUCACCAACUACGUCAUCGGCGCCUUUGACGACAAGCUGAUGGAGUACCUCAUUGAGCGUGGCAUCUACGUUGUUCGCGUCCGAACCGACGAAAAGGUGGCCGAGGAGGGCCUCGGCUGGGGCUCGACCGAGUUUGUCCGGCUCAUGCGGGCAAAGUACGUGACGAUUGGCAAGAUCAUCAAGUGGGGCUUUGAGCUCCUGGUCACCGACGACGACCUCGCGUACCUCCGCAACCCGCUGCCGUAUCUGUACUACCACUCGCGGCAGGCCGACGUGCUCAUCUCGACCGACAACCUCGACACGACGACGUUUGACGGCGGCCUCGAACUGCCGCAGCCGGGUAAGCCCGAGUUUAACUGUGGCUUUGUCUACGUCCGUCCGACUGAGCGUGCUUUUGCUUUCUUUGACGAGCUUGUGGUCCGCCUCAAGGCCGACGAGAACCUUCGCGACCAGCCGGCCAUCAACAUCCUCAUGGCCGAGGGCUACGAGGGCAUGAAGCUUGUUCCGGGCACGCGCAUCUUCCACGCCUGGCACAGCAAGCUCCGAGUCGGCACCCUACCCACGCUCCUCUUCUGCAACGGGCACACGUACUUUGUGCAGAAGAUGCCACAGCGGCUGGGUGUGACGCCGUUUAUGGCGCACGUCACUCACGUCUUUGGCGGCGACUUUGGCAAGCGGCACCGCCUGCGCGAGACCAUGCUUUUCUCGGACGACGUCGCGUACUACGCCGACGGCAAGUUCCUUACCUUUGACUUUGACCUUCCUGCCAAGUGGCUCCGCGAUGGGUCCGAUACUCCGCGCGAAGCCAUCCCGACGGACCAGAUGGAGCUCGGCAAGUGGCAGGUCAAGCAGUUCCUCGACGCUGCCAUGAUUGCGCGGCUCACCGACCGCAUCCUCGUCGUUCCGCAGCUCUGGUGCGGGUGCGACAAGUUCUGGUACUUUAUGACAAAGUGCCGAGUCUCGAACUCCGAGGGCUUCCAGCUCCCGUUUGUGUGCCCACUCGACCACGUCCUCAAUCCGCAGCACUUUGACGAACUCGGCAUCGUUGACUUUCGUGAGUCGUCGUUCCUCAUCGACCCGCGGGUCCCGGGCUCAGUCACCAACUCGCGGUUCCACUUUUACUUUUGCGGCGGCAACGACGGCCCGUCAUGCGAGGAGGCCACCGCCAUCUCCAACCCGGAGACGCCCGAGGAGUGGCUCGAGGAGGCCCAUCUCGACACCUGGUGGGCUGAGAAGCUCAACUCGCCCGACUACGCAGACUACCGCAUCAUCCACAUCUCGCCCAUGUCGCGCGCCGUCUCGGGCAUGGCCGACGAGAAGUACUUUAAUGAGAAGUGGAAGGACAUUGCCCGCCGCGUCGCCUCCGUCUGGUGCUGCCACAAGGACGGGCCGGUCAAGUACUAUCCCACCCAGUACGAGUAGCCAUACCCGCCGCUAAACUAUAAGACCAAGC